UCCGCCGCAUUUCACAGUCCAGAGAUUUUUGCCUCUUCCCCAUUUCACCCUUAUCCUCUUUCCUCAAACCCUUCAAUUUUCCAUUUCUUCGUGCAUAACAAAAAAAAAUGUCUUUUGUUGCUAAACCCGCGUUGAAGCCUGCAUCAAUGGCAACAAACGGCUGCUUCACUUCCGUUCCGUCGCUAUUCACCACUUCCAGAGCUUCGUAUUCACACCCAAAUCUGUCGAUCCGGUUCAAACCCGUUAAAUUCCAGCUCAAUUGCUCGUACUCUUCUUCAAUUUCACUCCCUACUUUCUCGUCACUGAAGAAGAAAGAAACCCUAAUUAGGGUUUCCAUCGUUUCCGCUCUGCAAGAGGAGGGCAACCCAGUACUCGUGGAGGAGCAGGAAGAAGGGUUUCAGGGUAAUUUCAAUUGGGGCGCGGCGUCGGGUACUGAGAACGACGUCGUUUCGGAGCCAUCUGAGGAGGCGAAAGUGUACGUGGGGAAUUUGCCGUAUGACGUGGACAGUGAGAAAUUGGCUAAGCUUUUUGAGGAUGCUGGUGUUGUUGAAAUCGCUGAGAUUAUUUAUAACAGGGAGACUGAUCAGAGUCGAGGGUUCGGAUUCGUGACGAUGAGUACCGUUGAAGAGGCGGAGAAGGCUGUGGAUAUGUUCCAUCGCUACGAUAUAGGGGGCAGACUCUUAACUGUAAACAAAGCUGCCCCGAAAGGAUCAAGACCCGAACGAGUCCCUCGAGUCUCAUCUGAAACUACUCCAAAAAUAUACGUCGGCAAUCUUCCAUGGACAGCUGACGACUCACGCCUCGAAGAGCUUUUCAGUGAGUACGGCAAAGUUGUGAGCGCUCGAGUUGUCUCCGAUAGGGAAACUGGAAGAUCGCGUGGUUUCGGCUUUGUGGUGAUGUCGAACGAGUCGGAAGUAAAUGAUGCCAUUGCAAAUCUCGAUGGACAGAGUUUGGAUGGGAGACCGAUUAGAGUAAAUGUUGCUCAAGACAGACCGAGGCGCGACAGUUUUUGAUUUGGUUAAGACGCAGUUCCAGUACUUAAAAAAUUGAAUGCUUAUUUAUUUGUGUAAGAAAAAGAUUUUUUUGUCGAAAGAGGAAGUUGGUUUAGUUAAUAUAGUUUUUAUUGCUUAAGCUGGUGAUAUAUCGAGAAGAUGAUUCAAUU